AUGGUUUCCUUCACCAAGGCUUUCACUGCCGGCCUGAUGGCCUCCGCUGCCAUGGCCCUGCCUAUCAACAGCCCCGUGCAGAAGCGUAGCACCGCCAAGCGUGGUGCCGCUUACAACGAUAUCUCUACCGUCUUUCCUUUGGCUAGUUCUGGUACUGUCUCUUGGGCUUACAACUGGGCCGGGUCCCUGAAUGGUGAUCUUCCUUCUGGAGUUGAAUACGUUCCCAUGCUGUGGGGUGCCAAGUUCUUUACCGGAUGGGUCUCCGCCAUCGAGACUGCUCUCUCUAGCGGUUCUUCUUACAUCAUGGGCUUCAACGAGCCUGACAACACUGCGCAGGCUAACAUGAGCCCUGGCGAAGCUGCUGGCUACUACCAGCAGUACAUCACCCAGAACAAGGGUGACGCCAAGCUCAUCUCUCCCGCGGUGACCUCCUCCACUACUCCCGGUCAAGGCCUCGACUGGUUCGAGCAGUUCAUUGGACAGUGCUCUUCUUGCGAUAUCACUGGUCUUGCUGUUCACUGGUAUGGCCCAAGUGCCGAUGAGUUCAAAACAUUCAUCGAAAGUGCCAUCGAUACUGCUACGAGGCAUGGCCUUUCGGAGGUCUGGGUUACCGAGUUUGCUCUUGAUGCCGACAUAAACGGUGUCACCAACCAGGCCAAUGCUAUCAACUUCCUCAACGAGGCCAUUCCUUACCUCGAUUCUCAAGAUAUGGUUACCCAUUACUCGUACUUUAUGAGUGCUGAGAACUUCCUGCUUUCCAACGGCGCGCUCAACCCUGUUGGAGAGGCUUACGUUUCUACCUCGGAUUAA